AUGCCAUCCAUGGCAACUUUACGGGAGCCUCAUGUGCUCAAUCAGAUCAUCAUCUCCCCCUCCGAUACCGACUACCUAGACCAGCUUAUCCCCUCCAUUCGCGAAUACAGUGUGGGCAACCGGACCCCACAGCUCCUCCAUUCCCUUUCUCGGUUUGCCAGUGACAAAGAGGCUGAGAUUGAGAGCAUCUGCAAUACCAACCACCAGGAGUUCGUCUCGUCCGUCAACUCACUGCUGGGUAUUCGCGAAGGGACAGUGAGCCUGACCGCGGAGAUCCUCGACCUCAACCAAUCCAUCCAGACCAGUACUGAGCGGCUUGCGGAACAAAAGAAGGCCCUUGUUGAAUCACGUGGUCACCGCCAGAACAUAGAUGAAACCUCCCGUGCUAUCCAGGACUGCUUGGAGGUCCUACGCCUGGCCAAUCAAGUUCAUGACCUGUUGGCGAAAAAGAAUCACUAUGCGGCACUUCGAGCAUUAGAGGAGCUUCAGAAUGUCCAUCUCAAGGGGGUGACCCAAUACAAAAUUGCGGUCAUGAUCCAGCGCUCAGUGCCGGCGACACAGCGGGCCAUCGCCGAAGCGGUCAUGUCGGACUUGAAUACGUGGCUCUACCGAAUCCGGGAGAUGUCCCAGUACCUUGGUGAAAUUGCCCUCUUUCACACAGACCAGCGCAAAUCGCGACAGAAACAACGAGCUGAGAGGAUCCCGUACUUGGACCACUUCAACCUGAAUUCCGCGAUCGAGCUGGUUUCGGACGAGGACGAAGAGUAUGACCUGCUACACAACGACGAUCUUCAGGUUGACUUCACCCCUCUUUUCGAGUGCCUGCACAUCCACCAGUCUCUAGGGCACAUGGAUAAGUUUCGCAUUGAAUACGCCAAUACACGCCGACGACAAAAGGACCUCCUGCUUCCAGCGUCCAUUACCUUGAUUGAUGAAGACGGCGCCAGUCUACACAAUUUACUGGAGGAGAUGGCAGGUUUUGCUAUCGUGGAGCGGUCGACGAUGAAACGAGUCCCCGAUCUCAGAUCGCCAGUAGAUAUUGACGAGCUGUGGGAUUCCAUGUGUCAAACGGCCGUUGCUUUGAUCUCCAAGGCACUUCCUGAAGUGGACAACGCAGAGAACAUUCUCAAGAUCAAGAACCUGAUUGCCUUGUUUAUGCAGACGAUGAAUACCUGGAAUUUCCCCGUCAGGGUUUUCGAUGACUUCUUGCUGAAACUCUUUGAAAAGUACGCGGAACUUCUCAAGAAAAGAUUUAGUGACGAUUUCCAGGAGAUUGUGUCGACCGAUGACUACAUGCCCAUGCCAAUCCAGACCCCCGAAGAAUACGACAAGGUACUCAAUGUGAGCUGGUAUAGCCCGGACAGGCCGCGCGAGGAGCAAUCGUACCCAUGCAUAUUGCCGUUCUCGCGAAUGUAUCCGCUGUGCUGCAUCGACAUCCGGAAUUUUUUAAACCAGUUCUACUUUUUUGCCAACGAUGACUUCUCGAACCCGAUUGCAAUUGACGAGACCUUGAAAGAGUCGCUGGACGAUCUCUUGUCACGGAAGGUCUGUGACACUCUGGUGGAGCGUCUCUCCUCACAAUACCUGGGACAGAUCGUCCAAAUUCUUAUCAACUUGGAGCAUUUUGAGCUGGCUUGCCACGAGCUGGAACUCCUUCUGGCGGCAGCAAGGUCCCAGAAUUCCACCGGCACUUCAAUCAUAUUGAAAGCCACGGAGAAAUUCCAAAAUAACAAGAAAGCAGCUGAAAAACGCAUUUUCGAGGUAGUCAACUCCAAACUCGACGAUCUCAUCGAAACCGCGGAAUAUGAGUGGAUGGCACCCACGGCUCCCAUUGAGCCCAGUAAUUACAUGCAGACCUUGACUCGGUUUCUGUCCAAUAUCAUGAACUCUACUUUGCUCGGUCUGCCGACCGAGAUCAAAGAGCUGAUUUACUUUGACGCUCUGAGUCAUGCCGCAAAUAUGAUCUUGGCACAACCACUCGCCCCCGAGGUGAAGAAAAUCAACCCAAAUGGAGUGAUAGCAUUGGCCAUGGAUGUCGAAUAUCUUGCGCAAUUCGUGGAUAGCUUGAAUGUGCCCAUUCUGCGUGAAAAUCUUGACGAGUUGCAGCAGACAGUCCAACUGAUGCAGGCUGAGAAUGCGGAUGAGUUUUAUGAUAUCUCCACGCGAAACAAGAAAUACGGGCGUGUUGACGCCAUGCAAGGGCCCCUGCUGCUCGAGAAACUCACCCGUACUGUCCAAGCACCAACCAAGGUAGACAAGUUCGCGACCCUCUCAUCGCGAUUCAAGAAGACUUGA